AUGGCGGUCGUUGACAUUGCAGACGAGAAACACUACAAGGACCAUGUGGAGACUGUCACAAACAUUGUCACCAUCGACAACAUCCGGGUCCUUGGGUUGAACGCCGACAAUGCCGAGUUCUAUACGAACUUCCCUGUCGAGAGGAGAAAGAAGCUUCUGCGCAAGGUUGAUAUCCGACUAGUUCCGAUGCUGGCGGUCCUCUACCUCAUAUCCCAUCUUGACCGCGCAAAUAUUGGAAAUGCGAAGAUUGAAGGACUUGUCAAAGACCUUGGGCUCAGCGGUAUACAAUGGAAUAUUGUUCUGAGCACCUUCUUCGUUCCGUAUGUGCUUCUUGAGGUCCCCAGAAAUAUGCUCCUGAAGAACUUCUCCAGACCGUCCGUUUAUCUCGGUAUCCUCAUCACAUGCUGGGGAACCAUCAUGACCUUGACUGGACUAGUCCAUAACUUUGCUGGCUUGAUGGUCACUCGUGUUUUCCUUGGUGUAUUCGAGGCUGGGUUCUUUCCAGGUGCAGUCUAUCUAUGCACCUUCUGGUACAUGUCAAACGAUCUUUCCACCCGUAUCGCUGUUUUCUACUGUGCUAGUGCGCUGUCUAGUGCUUUCUCCGGCCUUCUAGCAGCCGGUAUUGCGCAGAUGGACGGUGUGGGAGACCAGGAAGGCUGGCGGUGGAUCUUUCUGCUCGAGAGAAUUGUUACUGUCUUCCUGGGCGUGAUGUGUUUCUAUGGAAACAGGAAGAAGGCCAGGGUAUCUGAGGCGGAGAUCAGAGAGCGAUAUACCGACGAUCAGUUGCUGGCUAUGGGUAACAAGUCGCCUCUUUCCAUGUAUACUAUGUAA